AUGAGUAUCUCGCAGCAGCCGAAGGUGAAAUCUUUCGAGACGCGCCUUUUCAUCAACGGCAAGUUCGUCGAAGCCUCCGACGGCGGUACAUUCGACCUGUCCUCACCCGCGACGGGCGAGAAAUUCGCUUCAGUCUCUGAGGCGACUGAAGCCGACACAAAUGCUGCCGUUGCCGCUGCAAAGGCUGCGUUUCCCGCGUGGUCUGCGCUCGCCCCGUCGGACCGUGGAACGUACUUCAAGAAGCUGGCCCAAUUGAUUCGCGAAUCUCAUGAUGAGCUUGCUGAGCUUGAGGCUUUGUCCAUGGGCCGGCCGGUCUCGAUGUAUUUUGAGUCUUUUGUUACUGCAGAGUCUUUGGAGCACUAUGCCGAGACGGGCUAUGAUGCGCAGGGAACAACCAGUCUCAAUACGCCUGGUUUUGUCAAUAUCACUAUGCGUCAGCCAUAUGGUGUUGUUGGUGCGAUUAUUCCUUGGAAUGUGCCUAUUUUGUUCUUGAUUGGAAAGUGUGCUCCGGCCUUGAUUACCGGCAACACAGUCAUUGUGAAGAGCAGUGAAAAGGCUCCGUUGACGUCAGCCAAGAUCGCAACCCUCGUCGAAAAAGCAGGAUUCCCUCCUGGCGUGAUCAACAUCAUCCACGGCCACGGCCAGGUCUCCGGCAACGUGAUGUCCCACCACAUGGACAUCCGUGUCAUAAGCUUCACAGGCUCGGGCCGAACGGGCCGCCUCAUCCAAGCCGCAGCAGCAAAGUCGAACCUGAAAAACGUCAUUCUGGAACUGGGCGGCAAGUCCCCCGCAAUCAUCUUCCCAGAUGCCAACAUCGAAAAGGCCGUCGAGCAGACCAAGUCCAGCAUCCACUUCAACAGCGGCCAAGUCUGCAUGGCCAACACCCGAAUCUACGUCCACGAGUCCAUCGCUCAGAAGUUCAUUGAACUGUUCCAGAAGAGUUUCGCCCAGGUCAACAGCGGCGACCCUCUCCUUCCCACAACCACACACGGCCCCCAGGCUGAUGAGAUCCAAUACAAGCAAAUCCAGUCUUAUAUCGAGGAGGCGAAGAAGGUCGGUAAGCUGGCGUUGGGUGCUGAGCCGUCCGAUGGGAAGAACGGGUUCUUCAUCUCCCCCACUUUGUUCCUGGAAACACCUGAGAACGCGAGGCCGAUGAAGGAGGAGAUUUUUGGUCCCGUCGUGCAUAUUAACACAUUCCGUGAUGAGGACGAGGUUGUUGCGAAGGCUAAUGAUACUGAGUAUGGUCUUUAUGCGGCCGUCUACACCAAGGAUAUCAGUCGGGCUUUGCGGAUGGCGAAGAAGCUUGAAUCUGGAAGUGUUGGUGUUAACUGUACUUCUCCGACUACGGCUAAAGAUAUGCCGUUUGGUGGGUAUAAAGCUAGUGGGAUUGGUCGGGAGGGAUGGACUGUUAGUCUUGAUAACUAUUUGGAGACUAAGACUGUUUUGAUUAGUAUUGAUGAUGAGUGA